AUGUACUUGUCGGAAAAGCCUCGAGCAAUCGAUUUUUACAAAGAGGAAGGCAGCCGAGACAUGAUGAUUGAGGUGGUUUCCAAUGACGACCUCUCUCAAUCUCAAACUCAUCACCCCAACCAUCAACCACAGCAGCAGCAGCAGCAGCAGAUGCUUUUGGGGGACAGCAGCGGCGAGGACCAUGAAGUUAAGGCCCCGAAGAAGCGAGCCGAGACUUGGGUCCAAGACGAGACUCGGAGUUUGAUAGCUCUGCGCCGUGAAAUGGACGGUUUGUUUAACACUUCCAAGUCUAACAAGCACUUGUGGGAGCAGAUUUCGGCUAAGAUGAGAGAGAAAGGGUUCGAUCGGUCUCCUACUAUGUGCACAGACAAGUGGAGAAACUUGCUUAAAGAGUUCAAAAAGGCUAAGCACCAUGACAGGGGAAGUGGGUCAGCUAAGAUGUCAUAUUACAAGGAGAUUGAGGAGAUUUUGAAGGAGCGAAACAAGAACGCGCAGUACAAAAGUCCCACACCUCCAAAGGUUGAUUCUUUUAUGCAAUUCUCGGACAAAGGUAUUGAAGAUGCAAGCAUUUCUUUUGCACCUGUUGAAGCUAGUGGGAGGCCAACACUCAAUCUGGAACGACGUUUGGAUCAUGAUGGUCAUCCUCUUGCCAUAACUGCAGCUGAUGCAGUUACAGCGAGUGGAGUUCCACCUUGGAAUUGGAGAGAAACCCCUGGAAAUGGUGGGGAGGGUCAAUCAUGUGGUAGAGUCAUAUUAGUCACUUGGGGUGAUUAUACUAGAAGGAUUGGUAUUGAUGGAACUGCCGAUGCCAUUAAGGAGGCAAUUAAGUCUGCUUUUAGGUUGAGAACAAAACGUGCCUUCUGGUUGGAGGAUGAAGACCAGAUAGUCCGCAGUCUUGACAGGGACAUGCCUCUGGGGAAUUACACCCUUCAUCUUGAUGAAGGGGUGGCCAUCAAAGUGUGCCUCUAUGAUGAGUCAGACCAUAUACCAGUACAUACAGAGGAGAAGAUUUUCUACACUGAAGAUGAUUAUCGUGAUUUUCUGACCCGCCGGGGGUGGUCAUGUCUGAGGGAGUUUGAUGGGUACAGAAAUAUUGAAAAUAUGGAUGAUCUUCGACCUGGUGCAAUAUACCGUGGUGUGAGUUGA